AUGCCGGAAAGCGACGCUGGCUCGGUAAUCCCCGCGCAACUCUCCUUUCUCGCCAUCUAUAAUCCAACCCUCGGACCCACCGACGAGACGAUCGAAGACCAAAUCGUGUUCUACACCUCAAGAUCGGACUACCUACAUCGGACAGAGGGAUCGCCUACCGAAGAGGAGGGCAUCAAGCCUCCAGAAGAUGGCAAAAAUGAGAGGUUGCGCCAGAUAGGUCUGGCGCAGGGAAUGGUGAACUUCGCCAGCGAUUUUUCGUCUGGCAAGACCCUUGACUAUAUCGAAACAGAAAAGGCACGAGUGGUGCUCCUCGAAUUAGAGAAAGACUGGUGGGUGGUUGCUUCUAUCGACCUCACGCGAUUACCCACUGAGCCGACCCAAUCUUCCUCGAACGAUGCAUCUGCUAGUACCAGGUUUCAUUAUUCGGCAAGGGAGAUGGGGCACCCGCAGCUCCUCAUCCAGCAACUGCGCCGAGCCCAUUCGAUAUUCCUCCUUCUGCAUGACUUCAGUAUGAGCGAUCUUUACAAAAGUGCCGGACGCUCUUCAUUCUGUCUGUUCCUCGAAAGGUUUUGGGAGAAAUUCGCAUGGAAUUGGGAGCUCCUAUUGACCGGAAAUCCAAUCGUUGAUAUCUAUAAUGGGAUUAAACUCUCUGCGGGCGGCGAGUUAGGAAUCGGCGUCGGAGAGGAAGAAUGGGGCAGUGGAGAGAGGGAAGUCCUUGAGGAUUUUGUUGGAAGAACAGAUGGGUUGAUAGAUCUGGUUGUCUCGAGAUUCGGCGACUCGUCGGGCCAUUCCGGGGACUCCCCAUCUCAGCUCGGUGGUGAAAAGCCAUGGCUAGGACAGGACACCGAUCCCCGACCAACUGACGGUGUAAUAUUUUCGGGUGUCGAUACCAUAUCGCGCCGGUCCGUUUCUCAUGUUUCGCAUUGGAUGGAGUGGAUCUAUCGGUAUGGGGAUGCGACAUAUGGCAUUGGGCGAGACCCAAAUUCCCUGCGCCGACGAAAACCCCGGAGACAUGGUGGAAGAAACCGCUCUAGUGGUAGAAACCCUGCUGGCCGUCAAGAUCCGUCAACUCCUGAACGGGCUCAUACACCUGGUAUACCACGUCCGCUUGUGAUGGCUGCACCACCUUCUAUUCCGGAAGCUCAGGGUGAGAUCAUGCCCGAGCGAGAUGAGUCUCUCCAACCGGGAAGUGAUCCAAAAAGCGACAAAUCAGCAUUUGGAACUGAAGCGGUCAUGAAGUAUUUGACUCUUGGAUAUGGGUCCUCAUGGAGUCUUUCUACCAAGUCUGCAUCGACACCUGCAGGAUCUCCUGCUCCCGAGGUGCCGAGGUCAUCCACAAGCAUCGCAGGGCGACCAGAUCCAUCCAUCAAACCGAUGCAAACUCCACCGCCCAAUGGGUCCAACAGACCUCGUCAUGAAUCCAAGAAUGAUGACCCUGGCUGUUUUGUUCUAGGCCCUCGUGACGAUUUGGACACCCUGGACGACCUGGAAGAAGGCAGCCCGGUGUCAGUAUCCGAAUCAGAUGUAAACAAACCCAAGACUCGAAUUGUGCAUCGAACUCUUCAUGUUAGACUAGGAGAUGGUUUAGGGGGCGAGGGUGAUCCACGAAAGCUUGAGGCUGUGAUUUAUGUGCACCAGCCAUUCAUGUUCACCUUUUUAUUCGAUGCGAAUACAACACCUCUCUCAUCUCCAUCUCUAUAUACCAGCAUUCACCAUCAGCUAGGCCCUCUCCAGAAAUCACUACUCUCAUCCACUUCCCCAUCAACAGCUGCCUCGCGCAUAUGGGCAUCCGAAAGCAAUGCCGAUCCUAAAAAACGCUUUUCCUCCCGAACCCAGCCAGUCCAUGACCUGGUCUACGAUCCAUCCAACCUGACCAUCCGAUCCACCAUUCCCAACAUCCCAAGUCUAAACACAACCUCCCCCUCCCAUUCACCCAAAAUACCCCAUUCUCCUCGCACCCCCUCACCUUCCACCCAGCCGCCAACUGCUCCAACGUGGUCACGCAUAGAGAGUCUCGCCAUCCAUCACCGCCUUUUAUCCACAUACAUCGACACCCGCUCCCGGCCCCAGGAACUUGAGCGUACGUGCAAAACUAGCCGAGGCUGGUGGAUCCUCUGGGUCCGCAUCCCACCCACGGCCCCAUCGCCUCCACCUCAAGCCCUCUCCUCCGCAUCAUCAUCUGUGGCUUUAUCGUCCAUGGCUGAGGUGGAUACUGAGGAUACUCGUUCCUCGUAUUAUCUUCCUGAGCCACAAGAAGCUUUCCUGGUCCGCAAAGCGAGUGACUAUGUUUCCCCUGCAAAUCAGGAUCGGAUGAGCAGCGGUGCGCGCUUCUUCCGUGACUUGGGUGGGUCGUCUUCUUACGCUCCUCGUGGUGCUGAUACUACUACUCCGUCAAAGCUGGUAGAGGGGCUGGGGCUAGAUGCUCGUCGGUACGUUGAGGGGUUAUUACGGUUUAACAGGUAA